UCUUUUAGUGUCUUUGUUCGCUGAUGAUACCGUUACAAAGUUCUCCAAAGACAGAGAGACUGCCACACCAUCAUGCUGCUGUUCCUCUUCUUGUUUGCUCUGGCUCUGGCUGCUGUGUGUCCUUCAGAUGAACAGACAGCGCAGCUACAGAGGGGUCACUGCGACGCCUUCUGGUUCAGAUUCAACGGCCGCUGCUACAAGUACGUCUCCACUCCCAUGACCUGGGCCGAUGCAGAGCUCCACUGUGUGUCAGUGGGAACCAACCUGGUGUCAAUUCACAGUCUGGAGGAGCAGAACUUUGUCAAAUCUCUGAUCAAGAGCGUCGAUCAAGCUCACGGAUCGGCCUGGAUUGGACUCAGUGAUGCCCACAAAGAAGGUCAAUGGAUGUGGUCUGAUGGGUCUGCAGUCGGCUUUGUCUUGUGGUUUGAAGGAGAGCCAAACAACGCUGAAGGAAAGGAACACUGUGCACAUGAACAUAGUAAUACAGAAAUGAAAUGGAAUGAUAUUGACUGCUCCACAACAAGGGCUUUUGUCUGCGCCUCCCGCAAAAUUUGUCCGUAGCAACUAGAAGGUUGUUUGAUUCAAUGUUAUAAACUUUGGCCUGAUACAGAUUAAUACACUGAAUAAAUAUAGCAUUAUUUUAAAAGGUGUUAAAUUAUCUUCAAUUAUAUCACUGACACUGGUUUCAAAUUUAUCUCAAGUGCUGGGAAGUGAUUUUUCUACCAUGAAAGUGCAUGACUGGAAACCAUGAAAAGCCUGUUUGUUCAGACUUGUUUAUUUACUCGUUUAAAACUCUGCCAAAACUAAGAAACCUGGUCCAAAGGACACACUGGACUGGAGGGUGAUUGCAGUUCUGUCUCAACUGUGUCAUAUCAGAGGCUGUUUUUCUCUGUAUGAUCAAAUGGAAUGUAAAAUGUUUAAAAAGUUCUUUCUUCCAUGGAUAAAUUGAAAAUAUACCAUCUAGUUUAUAAAAGAUUGCUCUGUAUGCAGAUGAUGUCUUGUUUUUUGUUUCUAACGUCAUAAAUCCAUACCAGCCUUUCUGUCAGUCAUCAAAGCUGUUUUAUGAAGUUUGUUUUGAAAACUCACUGCCUACAUAGACAUACUAAUAUAAGAUAAAUGCAGAUAACCUCAGUAUUUAAUCAAUUCUGAUAACAGUGUAUGAUAUAAAAUCAUCCCCCCAGAAAAUGACAGAUCACAAGACUCCACCACAAACACACUUC